CUUUUGAUUCCAGAUUCCAACUCGCCUCCCCCCAAAUAAGCACUCAACCGAAAAGGAGAACCAACAGAUCGUCCGCCCAAGCAGCGGCGGCGGCCAUGGGGGAUCGGCCAAAGUUCCCCGGGCGGUACGAGCAGGUGAAGCUGCUCGGCGAGGGCAACUUCGCCAAGGUGUACCUGGCGCGGCACGCGGACACGGGGGAAGAGGUGGCCAUCAAGGUCAUGGACAAGGAGAAGCUCAUCAAACUCGGCGCCGUGCAACAGAUCAAGCGCGAGAUCGCCGUGAUGCGCCGCCUCAGGCACCCCAACAUCGUGCGGCUCCACAAGGUGAUGGCGUGCCGGUCGCGGAUCUUCGUCGUCAUGGAGUACGUCCGCGGCGGCCCACUGUACCGCCACAUCGCGCCCAACAGCGGCAUCCGGGAGGGCGACGCGCGCCGCUUCUUCCAGCAGCUGGUGUCCGCGCUCGCCUUCUGCCACGCGCAGGGCGUGUACCAUAGGGACAUCAAGCCCGACAACCUCCUGGUCGACGAGCACGGGAACCUCAAGGUCGCCGAUUUCGGGCUCUCGGGCGUCGCCGACACGGCGCGGAGGGAGGCGCUCCUCCACACCGUCUGCGGCACGCCGCUGUACGUGGCCCCGGAGGUGUUCACGCGCCGGGGCUACGACGGCGGCAAGGCGGACGCCUGGUCCUGCGGCGUCGUCCUCUACGUGCUCGCCGCCGGCCGCAAGCCCUUCCGGGACGACCAAUUCGCCAGCCUCUACCGCGACAUCUGCCGCAGCGACUACCGCUGCCCUCGCUCCUUCAGCCCCGACCUCGUGCGCAUCGUGCGCCGCCUCCUCCAGCCCAACCCGGCGCACCGGAUCACCCUGCCUCAGGUCAUGGAGACGAGCUGGUUCAAGAAGGACCUCAAGGAGAUCAGCUUCUACAUCGACAGCAAGGACUGCCUGCGCAGCCUUGAUGGCCCCGAAGAGCCCGACCUGUACGACUCCGACUCUGACGACGAGACCACCGCGUCUUCGUCCUCCGGCUCUUCUUCCUCCUCCCCGGCGCAUGGCAUGCACGUCUCGGUGUCAGCGCCGUCGCUGGUCGAUCUCGACAAGACGGGCAGCAAUGGCGCCCAGGGCCAGCAGCAGCGCAUGCGGCGGAUCAAGAGCCUGAACGCGUUCGACAUCAUUGCCUCCUCGCCGAGCUUCGAUCUGUCCGGGCUGUUCGAGGAGCGGGGCGAGCGGAUGCGUUUCGUGUCCGGCGAGCCGGUGCCCAAGAUCAUCUCCAAGCUGGAGGAGAUCGCCGGGCAGGUCAGCUUCACGGUGCGCACCAAGGACUGCCAGGUCAGCUUCGAGGCCACGAGGAACGGCCACAAGGGCGCGCUCGCAAUCUCCGCCAAGAUAUUCCAGCUCACGCCGGAGCUCGUCAUGGUCCAGGUAUGCAAGAAGGCCGGAGACACUGCCGAGUACAGCCAGUUCUGCCACAGCGAACUCAAGCCCGGCUUGAGCGGCCUCGUCCACGGCCUGCCGGAGGAGGGCCUGCCUCCGGCGCUGAAUGUCGCGUGAGAUUCUAUUCUAUAGGAUAUUAUUGGGGGAGAAAAGCAGCAGCAUGCAAGGGGGUGAUUCAAGUAUCUUCAGUUAAAUUGUUUUUUCCCCUUGCUUACUAGUUUAGUUUAGGAUUUGACAGUGUUAGUGGUAGAUCAUAGAUGUAUCAUGGCACUGUAAUUAUCGUUUUGCUAAGUUCUAGAUAUUGUGUAUACUUAUAUGUGUGCUCCUUGCAUUAGCCAUUAGGAGGUAAAGAUUGCCUUAAUUUGCAUGGAUUAUUUUCUCAAGUUGAUGUUAAUUAUGAGAUUGAUUAGGUGUUGGCAC